CCUCCCCUCCCCUCCCCUCCCCUCCUCCUCCCCCGGCGCGUGCAUGGCGGGGGGUGGUCUCCCGCGCGUGCCCGUGCCCGUGCCCGUCCCCGUCCCGCCUGCCGGUGUAGUCACACUUUCGCUUACUUGACCCCGCCUCCUUUCCUGUCCACCAUUCUGAGACUGCGCAGAAGCUUGGGCGCAUGCUCAGUACGGUCAAAUGAAGCUCGUCGUCCAGUAAGAGAAACUGUUACUGCGCCUGACUCCCGGCAUCGUCAGAGUCGCGCCUGCGCAGUGAGACCCUGCACACGCUUUCCGGAGCGACGAAAGGGGCGGCAGCCAUGGAGAAGCUGGGGAUGAGCUUCGGCGGCAGCAGCAGCAGCGGGGGCCCAAGCAAGAGGGCGCUGCUGCUGGAGACGGUGGAGGUGCAGAAGCAGCAGCUGCAGCAGUACCAGGUGCGCCUGCGGGACGUGGUGCGGGCCUACAAGAGCCUGCUGGCCGAGAAGGAGGCGCUGGAGGCCAGCCUGAAGGCCCUCUCAGCCUGGCACCAGCCGGCAGGCAGCCCCCCGGACCCCACCACCAGCAGCAGCAGCAGCAACGAGGACAGGAGCUCCGUCCAGAGCGAGGACAGCCUGCCGGGGGCAGCUGCUGCCACCACCCCCACCACCACCAGGGAGGGGGACCCGACGGUGGGGCUCGAGGAGCAGGAGGAGCAGCAGCAGCGGGAGGGGGCGCAGAGGUCCCCGGGGCCCGAGGAGCCGGGUGGGAGCUCAGAGAGCGGCUUCAGCUCCGGCAGCAGCGGGGCAGAGCCGCCUGGCAGCGAGGCCGACAGGUGCAGGGUCCUGCAGGUGCAGCUGGCCACCCUGACUGGCGCCUUGGCCACCGUGGCCCAGGAGAAGUCCCGCAUGGAGGCCUCCUACCAGGCGGACAAGAAGAAGCUGAAGCAGGAGAUGGAGGAGGCCGGCAGGAAGACCGAGGAAGAGCGGAGCCACCUGGAGGCUGAGCUGAAGGACCUGCGGGGGCAGCUGGCGGAGACCAAGGCCCGCCUCAUUGCCCAGCAGCACGACCGGGCCCAGGAGCAGAGCGACCAUGCCGUCAUGCUGCGGGAGCUCCAGAGGCUGCUGCAGAGCGAGAGGGGCCUGCGGCAGGAGGCGGAGCUGGCCCUGGAGGAGACCCGCGAGGCCCUGGCUGGGAAAACGUGCGUGGCUGAGCGUGUGGAAGGCUACGAGCGCCAAGCUAGGCGGCUGGCGGAGGAAGUGGAGCAGCUGAAGAGGGAGCUCCAGGCCGUGCAGGAAGAGAGCAACAGGCCGGACCCGCAGCUGCAGGAGCUGCAGAGCGAGAUGGCCAGCCUCAAAAGCCACUUCCAGUCACAGCUGCAGCAGGAAGUGAGAAAGACUGCUCAAGCAGAAGAGCAUGUCCAGAUGGAAGAACAGCGGGUGGCCAGUUUGGAGGCCCAGAUUUCAGAAGUGUCGGAGCUUCUGGGCACCUACGAGAAGGCCAAACAAAAGGACCAGCUGACGAUCCAGAAGCUGAAGGACCGUGUGGUCCAGCUGGAUCUUGAGAACAAGACUCUGGCCAUUGCUGCUUCUGGCCGGUCCCCCAUGGACGUUCCGAUUGAAGAAAGCCACCUAGAUGUCAACGUCCUGAAGGAUAAGAUGGAGAAGCUGAGGGGGCUGUUGCAGGUGGCAGCUAAGCACAAUCGGUCUCCCCCGGACAUGGAGGCCUUCUGCACAGUGGAGCUGCCAAAAGGCAUGGAGAUGGGGGAUGGCGAGAAGGCCACCGCUGCAUACUAUAAGCAGGAGCUGAAGCAGCUGAAGGAGGAGUUUGAAAGGUACAAGCUGAGGGCUCAGGUGGUCCUCAAAAACAAGUCUGCAAAGGACGGGAACCUGGCCAAGGAGCUGGAGGACACACAGGAGCAGCUGGUGGAGCUGAAGGAGAAAUAUGUCUCCCUUCGGCUUUCCUGUGAGGAAGCUGAGAAGCAGCACCAGGAGGAGAGGGAGGCCAAGAAGCAAGAGCUGUCCCACCUCCAGCAGCUCCACAGGCAGGAGCUGGAGAGGAGCCAGCUGGACUACAGAGAGAAGGUCCUCCAGUUGGAGGGAGAGGUCCACAAGCAGCGGGACCGAGCGCUAGCCAUGCUGGCGGACAAGGACCGGGAGCUGGAGCAGCUCAGGGCUCUGGCCCUGCCUCGCGGGCUCCAGGGACCCAAGCAGGGCCUUGGGCCAGCUUCUGCAGCCGGAGGUGCAGCUGGUGGCAGUGGCAGCCACGGCUUAGCGGACGAAGGGUCUCUGGAGAGCUUGACCCAGGCUCUGUGGCUCAGCAGCCCCAGCGAGCCCGCCUUCCUCCUCUACACAGAGCAGCUGGCGCGGAAGGAGGUGGAAGUCUCGGCCUUGAAGAGGCAGAAGCACAAGCUGGAGGCGGAAGUCCGCCAGUGCCAGGAGAGGCUGCUGGAGGAGGGUGAGAAGCACAGGGAAGAGGUGUCUGCGCUCCAGGGCCACAUUCAGAAGAACUUCAGGGACCAGAGCAGGGAGGGAGCCAACCUAGAGUACCUCAAGAACAUCUUCUACCGGUUUUUAACCUUGCCGGACUUGCUGGGUCGGCAGCAGACACUGACGGCUAUGCUGACCAUCCUGCACUUCAGCCCGGAGGAAAAACAGGCUGUUCUGAGACACCCGGGGGGCGGGGGGGGCGGCAGCUGGUGGCAUUCUGGGAAGAGGUGAACGGCAGCAGAGGGGCAGUGCCUGGAGAAGGAGUGUGGCUGUCCGUGUGUCAGGCGAGAAUGCCUCCUCCUGCCCAGCACUUCAAGGAAGCCUGGCUGCAGGGCGGGUUUCACUGCUGCUGUUGCUGGGAGCGAGCGGAGAUCUUGACUGCCCUCCCUUCAGGAGGCCUGUGCCGCCCCACCCCUCCACCAUUAUGGAAUGGGGAAAUGCGGUGGGCUUUGGGGUCCCCCCCCGAAGCAUCAAACAAGCUUGUGUGUUUUGCAAAUAAAAGAGCGAGAGCAGAGA